CCAGCAUUCUUUAGGUUCUUGGCUUUGGUUCUGUGAGAGUGGGAAGGUGGUGUUCCGAAGUUUACAAGCUUUUAACUAAGCUUGAGUUCUGGUUCUCCCUGUUUUGCUUUCUCUCCCGUUCCGUUUGCUGCCACUUCCCCUCUCUCUCUCUCUCCCUCCCCCUCCAGAGAGGCAAUCGGAUCUGGUCGUUGUCGGAGGCGGGUGGGUAGCGGUUGCGGCGAAGGCUUUCUCCCCGCCAUUUUUCACGCCAGGAAGUCUCUAUAUACGAGCAAUUAAUCCUUUCUCGCCAUAUUCAUUUCCUUAGAUAUAGGUACGAAACGGCAUCUAGCCUUCUUUCUUCUCUCUCUCUCUCUCUCUGGGGUUUGUUUGCCUUGGGAUCAGGUUCUCUCUCUGGGUUUUGUUUGCUUUGGGAUCAGAUUCCUCUCAGUGCUCGUGAACUGUAACUGCUGGGGAAAGGGAGACGAGGUUCAGGGGUUCAAGUCCCAAGGUUGGUUGAUGUUGCUCCCGGACAAAAAGAGCUAGGCUAAAAGCGCUCUCUCUCCUUCCCUCUCUCCCCUUCUCUCCCGAGAAGUACUCGAUCUUGCUGAGUUGGAUCAAAGAAGCGGCAACAAUCGCUCAGAAGCACAGCAAAUACUUGGGCUGACAGCAAGGGAAUCCGAGUGCUGCAACCGGACUUGAUACAUCGACGAGAAUAUGGAUGCUUUCUCACGUGUUCCUCCAGGUUUUCGAUUCCAUCCUUCUGAUGAAGAACUUGUGGAUUACUAUCUUAGAAAAAAAGUUGCUUCAAAAAAGAUUGACCUAGAUGUAAUAAAGGAUGUUGAUUUGUACAAAAUUGAGCCAUGGGAUCUUCAAGAAAAAUGUAGGAUAGGAGCAGAAGAACAGCUUGAAUGGUACCUUUUUAGUCACAAAGAUAAGAAGUAUCCAACUGGCACUCGCACUAAUAGAGCAACAGCAGCAGGAUUUUGGAAAGCCACUGGAAGAGACAAGCCAAUUUACUCAAAGCAUAACCUCAUUGGCAUGAGGAAGACUUUAGUAUUUUAUAAAGGAAGAGCACCUAAUGGGCAAAAGUCAGAUUGGAUCAUGCAUGAGUAUCGGCUUGAAACUCAUGAAAACGGGCCUCCCCAGGAAGAAGGUUGGGUUGUCUGCAGAGUGUUCAAGAAACGAGUGCCUACAGUAAGAAAACCAAGUGAGCUUGAGUCUCCUUGUUGGUAUGACGAACAAUCAUCCGUCAUGCAAGACUGCCUUGAUUCCCCAAAUAGUAUUUCGAUGCAGCCUAACAUGGCGUACCACCAGCAUCUUCAACUACAAAGAGAGACAAAAAUGCACUGCCACUUGCCAUAUGAACCUUUCUACCAGCUCCCUCAACUAGAGAGCCGUAAACUUCCUAACUACAUCAACCAUGGAAACUCCCUCCAAUCCUUUACUUCUUCGGAGGACAAAACAGUGCAGCCUAGCCACCAACUUCAGAUGGUCACGUUUUAUAAUACCAGUGGAGAUAUAGAGCAAGCAGUUGAGCAAGUUACAGAUUGGAGAGUUCUUGACAGGUUUGUUGCUUCUCAGCUUAGCCAUGACGUAACAAAAGGACCUGAGUAUUCAGAUACAGCUGAUAUUCUUCAAGUUUCCGGUAAACAAGAAGUGGCAGUGGAGUAUGCUUCAACAUCCACCUCAAGCUGCCAAAUUGAUCCAUGGAAGUGAAACAGUAUAAUGAUGGAAUUAGACGUAUAUAUAAUUAGUGAUCUUAGGUAAUAUGAUAUCAAUCAGAUGGACAAGGCAUGAUUAUGGCUUUUGUACAUAAGCGACUGAAAAUUGUAGCAUCAGUUGUGCUUCAGACAUUUGUAGUAGUAGCUGAUGAGGAAUAACUGAUAUGAAUAAGGUGAUGGUUGAUGCAGUUGAGGGUUUUGAUGAACAAAUCAGCUUUGUUGUUCAAUGCAUAUAUAUGUCUUGUGGGCAGAAUUUAAAAACAGCAAAUAAGUAAUGAUAGAAUUCAAGAAAACUUUAAAUGUUUCAAAAAAAAAAGACCAUAAUUAGCAAAAAGGAAAGAAAGAAAAAAAAGAAAAAGAUUAGGAGGCUGCUUGCUCUGGAAAGAGGUAUAAAAGUCAGAAACGGGAAAUCUUUGUAUAUAAGAAAAUAGUGUCCUAAGUAAUAAAACUAAAUCAGCAAUAAUAAUAUAAUUGUGUUGUUUAUAAUUGCAGCUUUUAACAGGUUAUUUCAAAUCCAAGUAGAUGCAUUCUUCAGUAAGGUCCAACAAGUGCAGGUGCAUGACAUGCUUGCCUAUUGAUUGAGCUCGAGCUCUACUGUUGAAAUUUAAGCUCUGAUUACAGAAUACAUUAAGGUUAUUCUAAACUGCUGCACAUUAUAUGCCUAAAAGUCAAAAAUUAAUGUAGUAGGAUUUUUUUUUGCAUAAAGAAUGAUGCAAUUUUGUAUUUUUCUAAUGAAAAUCGUAGCAUUCUUCCAGAAGCAAAAAGAUCAUCUUCAAAUAAAACAAUUAUUAACAUCCUCAGAUGUGACAAGUUGUUCUACUACUUUGUAAUGCAUAUAUAUUUAUUAUUUGGACAUCAAGUUAUAUCUUGACAUAAUAUUCUAGUUGUAUAUCAUGAAUUCAAACCAUGAGCAAUGUUUGCAAAUUCAUAUAAUUUUUUGGGGGAAAAAUGAACUAAUGCAGAAUAAUUAUUUUUACAAACAAUACAAUAAAGUUACACCUUGUGAAGUUUUUGUUUGUUAAUUAAUUUUUAAAAGAAGUAAGUAGUAACACUCCAUCUUCGACUACCAGAAAAGAGCAAGUAUAAUCAAGAGAAAUUAAGAGGCUCCCUACCUUACUUCCUAAAGAAAAUGAUUCCAUCCUUAGCAAAAAAAAAAAA